AUGGCUACUCCGACAGAAAACGAGGCUCAGCAGCAGGUGCUGGAGGCCGACGACGGCGCAUACACCGAUUCAGACUCCGCAUUCCCCGACGACACGACCAGCGCAUCGACAUCUAUAUCCUCGUCAAUUAGGGCGUACAAGUACGAGAACGGACGCCGCUACCAUGCCUACCGCGAGGGCGAGUACGUGCUGCCGAACGACGAAAAAGAGCAAGAUCGGCUGGACCUCUUCCACCACAUCUUCCGCAUGAUCCUGGGGGGCAGCCUGUACUGUGCGCCGGUGCCAGAGACGAUCCACAAGGCGCUCGACUUUGGCACGGGGACGGGAAUCUGGGCGAUCGACUUGGCGGACGAAAAGCCAGAGUGUGAGGUUUUGGGCACGGAUAUCAGUCCCAUCCAGCCGGGUUGGGUUCCACCGAACUGUAAAUUUAUAAUCGACGAUAUAACUCAAGACUGGGCGUACGGGCCCGUCUUUGAUUUUAUCCACGGCCGUGGCAUGGGCGGCACGGUGAGUGACUGGGAUGCGCUGUAUACGGAGGCCUUUGACAGCUUGAAGCCUGGCGGGUGGAUUGAGAUGCAAGAGUAUGCGAUUGAAUACGCGAGCGACGACGGGACUCUGGAGAAGGCGAAGAACUUGACAAAGUGGAUCGAUCAGCUGAACGAAGCCAGUGCCAGUUUUGGCAAGGACAUGAACAUGGCAAAGAAGCACAAGGGUCUCAUGGAGAAGGCUGGGUUUGUGAAUGUGCGAGAGCAGGUGUUCAAGGUCCCCGUCGGCCCUUGGGCCAAAGACAAGGCUCUCAAGGAAAUUGGCAAGUACACCAUCAUCCACACCAUCGAAGCAGUCGAGCCGUUUACGCUCGCCUUGUUCAGCCGCGUGUUGGGCUACUCCAAGGACGAGAUUGAUGUGUUACUGGCAGGCCUGAGGAAGGAGCUGAGGGACCCCGAGAUUCACAUUUACACUCCCUUUCACUUUAUUUACGGCCAGAAGCCGGAGACGGCAUAG